AUGCGUAGAAAUGCAACAGAUGGAGAGUCUGGUCUCUCCAGCCGGGUCCAUGGCAAUAAAGAGGGUGCGAGUUUUCAGGUCAUAGUUUUGGGCGCAAGCGGUGGACCUCGCGAAGACAAUGUUUCUGGUUUGCUCGUACGCGCACCUCAGUCGGAAUGGAGGAAGGGUUCCGUAAUUGCUGUGGAUGCAGGCGUACACCUUGCGAGCAUUGUGCGCAUCCUGCAGCAACAUAUGCCUCUGUUCUCAAAAGAGCGACCACCGCCUGGGUUCUCACAAGUCAUCGCAGAAGGCCCGUUUGCUGGCGUCAGAUGUCCUGGAAUAUCCGCGAGGGCGAACGCCCUGCAUAUCUUCAGAGAGCUGAUGCAUGCUUUCCUCAUCACACAUCCACAUCUCGAUCACCUGUCUGCAAUGGGCGUGAAUACACCGGCACUUGAGUAUGGAAGAGAAGCCAAAACAAUCCUCGCGCUGGACUCAACCAUCGAAGCGAUUAAGUCCCAUAUCUUCAACGACUCAAUCUGGCCAAAUCUGUCCGACGAAGGUAGUGGUGUCGGUUUCGUGACUUACAGACGCUUGAAAGAGGGUGGAAAUAAUCGCUUGGGGUCUGGUGAUGCACGUGGCUACGUGCGUAUCUGUGAGAAUCUUGCGACCUUGUGCAUGGGCGUCACUCAUGGCAAGUGCAAGGCGAAGCCCGUCUCGCCCCAUCAUCGUAGUGAGUCGAUUGGGUGGCAUGAUGCUUAUGCUUUUCCUCAGCGACGUUUAUCACGCAUUUCUGACCAUGAAUCUUACUUCGCAGCAGUACACGGACAUGCUUCACAGAGUUCCGCAUUGGCACAUCUGCCAUCUGUACCGACAACACCGGCGUAUCCGACCUUGCAUACACCUAACUUGGGCGUACUAGAGGCAGACAACUUUGAGCCUGUGAAGAGUUCAGCAUUCUUUAUUCUCAACGAAGAAACAAACAACGAAGUGCUAAUCUUUGGCGACAUUGAACCUGAUGCUGUGAGCUCCUCACCUCAAAAUUACAAGGUGUGGAGAACGGCAGCGUCGAAAGUUGCAAACGGUACUCUGAAGGCAAUCUUCAUCGAAUGCUCGUACGAGGACUCAGUGAGAGACAGCGACUUGUAUGGACAUCUUUGUCCUCGUCACCUUAUACAAGAGCUGCUAUUUCUAGCAAGAGAAGUGGCCGAGUGCAAGGCCGCCAAAGCCUUGACGAGAGUGCCGAUGUUCACUUCUGGUGCUGAGCAAAGACGAGCGACGGAUUCCCUCGGGCCGGCGGAAGUAACAAAGAAGCGCAAACGAGUCAACGGGUCUGUCGAGCCUGACAUACCACAAAGUCCCUCAACUACUGGCUACGUCGGUACUCGAUCGUCUUCCAGUCGUAGAAAAACAUCAACUUCAACCUCAGCUAUUGCAGGCGACGUCAGUCCCAUGGCUCUUCGCGCUCAGUCGCCUUCACGAAUACCUCAAGCCACGAAACACGUCCACUUUUCUGGACACAGUCCUAGCGGGCCUCCACGCAUCCGCACGGGCUCUCUGUCCCAUUCACAGCCUUUGACCGCAGCCUCACCUACAAAUUCCACUCGUCCUGCCAGUCAUUCUCUCAAUGCUGCUCUACACCAAUCUGCUAUAGCGGAGGACAGUAAUGCCUUCGAGAAACCCCACGACUCUCUUUCCAACCUCACAGUGCAUAUCAUUCAUGUCAAAGACACGCUUACUGAUGGACCUGGACCUGGAGAGAUCAUCCUCGAGCAAUUGGCUGAAAGGGCCGACGAAAUUGGGUUGCAGUGUGGAUUCCAUACCACUGAAUUCGGAGAGAGUAUAUGGGUGUGA